AUGGGAACGCACCCCAAGCCACAUGAAUGGAUCCCGUACGACGGCUACAGCACGAAGCUUGACCUUGCCAAAGCGGCGGUCAAGCAAGCCAAAGCACACAAAGAAGCACUACUCGAUGCUGCGGAUCAAUUCACAAUACAGUUACUCCAUUGGCGCUGUGAUACCCGUAUGCACAACUACAACUUGGCCGACCAGCCGUACAAACACGACGAAAGCUGGUUUGUGCCACUCACUGACAAAGAGUGGGCUGACUACCGGAAAUGGGUUGACAUGGAGAACAUACGGGACGAUGAAGCACACACAAACUGGCUGAGCCAGGAGGACCGCUACUCAAAACUCGAGGACUAUAACGCAUUUGGUACGUGGGGGCAUAGUGGUCCUAACUGCAGGUCUAUUUACGAUUCGGUCCUAAAAUCUGGCCGCCUCAAGAACCCGCUUGUGAUUGAUCUCGUUGAUACGCUUUCCAAGGCGGACAAAAUGAUUGAGAAGACAGUAGCUGGCCUGGAUAAGUUGAUCAAACUUGAGCAGGCAGAGCUCAAGAAACGGAAAGCCACCGAGUCCAACAAGAAAUGGACAAAGAAGGUCAAGAUGGGCCUAGCCAAAACGCCCGACGACUCAGACUCAGAAGAGCUGCCUGAGCUUCCCACGCUGGCCAUAGCAGACAACGAGCCCGACGUACCAGGAGACCUCGAGGGGUAUGCUGACUGGGCGCAGUCCCGCCACCUCCACUGGUGCAAGAUCAAAGUGACUAGGAGAAUGGAAAGUCAGCUGGAGGCAAAGCCGACUGGACCGCUCGACACGGAUGAAUACGACAAGUGGCCCAAGGGCCUACGGCACCUACACUAUAAGAUCAAGAUCAACAUCGACACCAAGGAGCAUCUUUGGAGCUACCCUUGGUCUUUGCUUUCACUGGCUUUACAGUCAAAUUGGCGCUGGACCAACGCAGGAGAGACAUUACUCCUCCGGCUUGAACAAGCUUUUUAA